UAUCUCCCAUAGUGAAUGUGUUAUAAAUUCCAUUGUGCAGCCGGUGUUUUCUUUUAAGAUUUUAUUAAAUCUAAUAAAAAGUGUUUAUUAUUCAUAAAAUAUAUAUUUUUCUGUUUAGUUUUGUAAAAAUUUAUAAAAAUGAGUGAUAUUUUAAAGAUUUCACAAGAACGCUCACGCAAGCGAAAGCAGUUGUUGGCUCAAACGUUAGGUCUUUCUAGUGUCGAUGAGCUAAAAAUUGUAUUAGGAACUGCUGACGAUAUGAAUAAUGGCGCUGGCAGUAGUUACUCCGGUUAUGGUGGACAACGCAGCGGUUCCGUCAGCAAUAGUAGAGACGACGAAGGGGGAAGUGGCGGUAAAAAGACGCCUGGUGAAAUAAUUUAUCGUGACUCCUCUACAUUUUUAAAGGGUACACAAUCAUCAAAUCCGCAUAACGACUAUUGCCAACACUUUGUCGAUACUGGACAGAGACCACAAAAUUUUAUACGCGAUGUUGGUUUGGCCGAUCGCUUCGAGGAAUAUCCAAAGUUACGAGAACUUAUACGCUUGAAGGACAAACUAAUUCAAGACACUGCGUCAGCACCAAUGUAUUUGAAGGCCGAUUUAAAGACGUUGGACUUAAAAGGUUUAGGUUCAAAAUUUGAUGUAAUCUUGAUAGAGCCACCAUUAGAGGAAUAUGCUAGAGCAGCGCCAUCGGUAGCAACAGUAGGUGGUGCACCCCGCGUAUUUUGGAAUUGGGAAGAGAUUCUGAAUUUAGAUGUUGGCGAAGUAGCGGCACAUCGUUCUUUUGUUUUUCUAUGGUGUGGUUCCUCCGAAGGUUUAGAUAUGGGACGGAACUGCUUAAAAAAAUGGGGAUUUCGUCGCUGUGAGGAUAUUUGUUGGAUACGUACAAAUAUCAAUAAACCUGGACACUCAAAGCAACUAGAACCGAAAGCAGUAUUUCAACGUACAAAGGAACAUUGCUUAAUGGGUAUCAAAGGCACUGUGCGUCGUUCUACUGAUGGUGAUUUUAUACAUGCCAAUGUGGAUAUCGAUUUAAUAAUUUCGGAGGAAGAUGAAUUUGGUAGCUUUGAGAAACCAAUUGAAAUAUUUCACAUAAUUGAGCAUUUUUGUUUGGGACGCCGACGUAUGCAUCUAUUUGGCCGUGAUUCUAGUAUACGACCCGGUUGGCUAACAGUUGGACCGGAAUUAACAAAUUCGAAUUUCAAUGCAGAAUUGUAUCAAACUUACUUUGCCGAAGCACCGGCUACAGGUUGCACCAGUCGGAUCGAAUCAUUACGCCCGAAAAGUCCACCAGCUAACAGUAAAGUAUUGAGAGGGCGUGGACGUGGUUUUCCACGAGGUCGCGGUCGGCCUAGAUAAACGCUCAAUGAAUGUUCGUACCGAAAAAUAUGUAAUGUACACUUUGUUUAAAUAAGCAUUUCAAAAACUAAAACAAAAUGUGAAAUUUUUUGCCAAAA